UAAUGGAUAUAGUGAGUGAUUUUGAAUAUUAUGUUUAUUCAUAGUAUGUACAGUGUAAAAUGACUAUCAUUUAAACUUAUUUCAUUGUCAAAAUCGACACACUGUAGUGACUUUAUGAAUGUAAUUAUAAAAGAAUUGGUAGAUAAUUUAACAUUUUAGAUUACGAUGGCUAAAACUAAAAAGGACGCAUUUUGGCGGGAAUAUUUGAGGCGAGAAAAAGAAGAUAUUAAAUCGCUUUUUCUCUACCGGGCAUGUGCUGCCGAGUUCCUUGGUGUUUUCAUGUUAGGGUUUUACGGUGUUGGGUGUAACAUUCUUGGCGGGGACCUCCAACAAGUUUCUAGUGUUCAUGUUGCUCUCGAAACUGGCUUUUAUAUAGCAGUGGCAAUAACCAUUUUCAGCAAGGUUAGUGGUGGACAUGUCAAUCCUUCAAUUUCCAUGGGAUUUUUUGUUACUGGUAAAAUUUCAGCUGUAAGAUUUGUUCUAUACGUAGUAUGCCAAACAUUAGGUGCGAUAUCAGGCGCUGGAAUCGUCUUUGCGAUCACAGAUGAAAAAAUACGUGGACGGUUUGGCGUUAUUCUCCCAAACCCACACGUCAGUGAUGGACAAGCCUUUGUUUGUGAGAUGAUAAUAACAUUCAUGAUGCUUUUUGGAACUUUUGCUAUGACUGAUGAAGUGAGAGAUGAUGUACAUGGGUUUGCUCCAUUGAUGAUUGGUCUUCUGGUGUCAAUAAACGUGUUCAGUGGGUGGAACAUAUCUGGCGGUUGUAUGAACCCGGCACGAAAUUUGGGUCCAGCUAUAAUGACGGGAAAGUUAGACAAAAUGUGGCUUUAUUGGAUAGGAGAUCUGGUCGGAGCUGCCGUUGGUGCUUUACUGUACGAUCGUAUUUUCUCAACAAAAGUUUGCCUUGGUUGGCUGUCCGAAGGAUGUUACAGUAAACGGGUUGAUGAAAAGGAAAUUCAACCUGACCUUGCUGAUGAGAAGUCGGGCAUAGACACACAUUCAGUAAUAUACAACAAUAAGGUUGAGGGAUGCUUAUCCAAUCAUGCGUUCAAUACUGACGACAUUACACGUGAUGACUUUCAAGGUGCAAAAUUGUGAUUGCAAAUUAUAUAAGUUGCAUUAUAAUUCCCUAAAGAUAAAACUGCAUUUCAGUUCAGGAUAUCUGGUGAAACUGUGUAAAUAAAGAAGAUUUGUGCAUAUAUAACGCAAUACGUAGGAUUUAAUAUUCUAUCAAACAUGUGUUCAUGUUUUUCUGUUCCUUAAAAUCAACUUUGAUGGUUAUUCAUUAACAUACUCUGAAAAUUCCAGUAUAUGUGUGUUAAGUCAUUUUAUUUACAAACAAAAUUAAAGUUUUAGCCUAGAAAGGCUAACGUGUAAUUUUUAGAAAAAUGAAAUAGAAAUGCACAAGCACUUUGUACCCGCAAAAUGCCUUUUAAUAUCUAUAACGUUUAUAUUAUUUAUAUGGAUAGGAAAAUUGUAGUUUUAUAACUAAAAGUAUUUCAAAGUUCAGUUCAAAAUGCAUAUAUA